AUGUCGUCCAUGCUGCGCCAACCUUCACACUCGAGUUCUCUCUCGAACUCGACUGCCAGUCCAAAGAGUGGAAGCGGAUUCAAAUUCUUCAAGAAGAGAUCCUCGACGGUUGGGACUCUGCGCGAUGACCAUGGCUCUUCCGACAAGAUCUACGAGCCACAAUCCUCUGACAAGAUACCGACAUCUCCUCUAUUCUCUCUGCCAGACCUCGACUUAUCUAGAUCCCACAGUGGUCUGCCCUCUCCCGACAGCUUUGUGGCGGCAACGCACGACUCGGAAUAUCUACACCUUCGCGAGAACAUUCGGAAGCUGAGGAAGCCUCCAUUCGGCCCAGAUCCGAAAAAAGUAGAUGCGGUAUGGGAGGUCUACAAGAAAUUCAGAGAUGAGUCCUUGCAGCUAUGUUCCAGUCUGCUGCAGAAGUCGCGUAAGGAAUCCUUGAUGCUCCCAAGGCAGCAGCUUAACGAAAUGUGGGUUUGCGACAACGGACAUCGUAGGCUGACAAUUGUCCCAAUUCCAGAGAAUAACGGCCGAAAUACAUCACUCGAAUCCAAUGUCGGUCCUCUAGAUACCCGAUCGUCGAAUAGUGCUUCAAUCACGGAGACUGCGCUCCCUUUCCAAGUCAAUGAUCAGUGGCUAGCUGCGAUACACGAAUACAAGGCCGUUCAGGAAUCGAUGCUGGAGAAUAUUCGAGCUUCUUUGGUUGCUACAUAUAAACUGUACGAACCAGAGGCGACCGAGCGACAAAUUGAAGCCUUUUUGAACGACAAGAAUCUGCGGAAAACGCUGAUAUUGAAGUGGCGGGACGAAAGCAUUCAUCGGAUGAAGAGCGAAAAGUUGCUAUUCUGGGAGCAAUAUAAAAUUCGGUCCCUCAAUUACGACAGGCUACGGUUAGAUCUCAAAGCAGUCGAAAAACUGUUUGGCGAGGCACAAGAGGGAGAAGCACCAAAUAUGCUCAUCCGAGAGCAUGUAAUUGCCAAAAAUGGAGAUACGAUAUUGGAAUUUGCAAACGGGGGAUCCGAGAUACAUCCAAUACUGAGGUUUCGGGUUUCGUCCCAUCUACUGGCUGCGGCAUCGCCCCUUUUCGCCCAAUUUCUGUCAACCCAAAAGCCGGAGAAUACUCCUUUGGAUAUGAUGAACCAACUUCCACCAGCGCAACCAGCCAGAUAUAAAUGCAAAGACGGGAUGGAGGUUAAAGUAUACCGAAUGCCCCAAGUCGAGCUGAACAAGCACGACUCGCUAGUAAUACUCCUUCAUGCAGCACAUAUGCACACCUCAAAAGUACCAAGACAGGUUGAUUUCCCGGUCUUUGUGAGCAUUGCAGAGGUCUGCUUGAAGUAUCAUUGUACAUCACCACUUGAGCUGCAAGUUGAGUAUCAAUGGUUACCAGAGUGGAUACACCUCAUCGGAGAUGACAACAUCGACGGCUUCUUGAUCAUCAGUUAUGCCUUUGGACUUCGACGAAUAUUCACACGGAUGUCAAAAAGCGCAAUCCUGAACGCUGUUGACGAAGAGGAGAUUCGGAGCAAAGAGCAUUGGCCACCGGCAGUCCGAGACAAGAUUAUUGCCACAAGAGCAGCGAAACUUGCUCAAGUCCAAGAAUGUUGCACCAAGGCCAUGGGCGAAUACUUUCGAAGUCCAGCGAAGAGCACAGACCGAUCUUCUAGCGUAGGCUCCUUACAGCUCACAUCUUUGCCACGAUGUCCAAGAAGCUCUCACCUAUGUGAUGCGACUAAUCUCGGAUGGGUCAUGCUUGUGUAUAACGAGCUUCGAAUUCUUCCUAUGAUCAUGAAAGAUGUGGGCUUUCUAGAUCUUCCCGCGGCUCCGAAACGUAGUCUCAAAGAACUCGUCGACUGCUUGAGAUUGAUGCCAAGUGCUCCUUCGGUUCAUAGUGGUGUUUGUGAUUAUGCUGCUGCUUUCAGGAGCGACAUUAACGAUAUAUACAAUAGUGUGCAAGGAUUGACUUUGCGAGAUGUCGCUGGUCGAAAUGGUUGGGCUCUAUCGAAACAUGCUGGCCCCACCGAGGACAGAUACGACGACCUCGCUCGAGAUUUGGUUGAGCUAGAAGCACCACUCGAGUACUCGAAAGAGACAAAGAGAUCGGAGGCUCUGUCAAACGAAGACAUCAACUUGCGCAUUCUCUCACAUCUGGAGGAUAUGAAUGAUCUCAAUGCCGCAGCGAUGAUCGACAAGACGUUCUAUCAAGCAUACAAGCGUAAUGAGGCAUCACUUCUGAAGAAUGUCAUGAAAGCUGAACGAAGGAGGACAAUGUCACAGCUAUGUGCGGAUCCAACAGCCAUCCGUCAACCAGUCAGAGGGGAGGAUCCAUGGCCUAGUCGACCAUCAGUCUCCAUUCCUCCUGCAGUGGAGCACAAGUCACUGGCCGUAGAUAAAACGAAGUUUCCAUCACAGGCGUCGACUGCACGUGAGAACUUGAACGAUCUCUACGAUGCAUCGCCAGUAUUCUCACCUGUUUCACCACUUCCAUAUGACGAGUUACCGAUGUCGGAAGAGGAAGCACAGAAAAUUCUCUGGCCGGACGAUGAGCCGAGCACAUCAUCGUCCAAAGCCCCUUCUAUGAAUGGCAAUGUGCGUGAAACGACCGAGAAAUUUCUACUUGGGCAAGUGUCACACAUCGAAGAUAAAGCGAGGAUGUUUGAGGAUGAUAAGCAUUUACGAGAUGAAAAGGAUCAAGCAUUAGGCUUGGGGAUAUACAAGAGGUGA